UGCGGAAAAUAAGGUUAUGUUUAAAUUUUUUAAAAAUAUUUAAAUUUUUUUUACUUAGAACAUGAAAUAUGAUUUCUAAUUUUCGAUAUAUAUUAGCAAUUAGUAAACCCAAAUUUGUCAAAAUAUACCGCCCAUUAGUCUCUACUGUAAGAUUCAAAUCGAAUCAAGAUGCUUCAAAUGCUGAUAAAAAAACCACAACAAAACCAAAAGCUGUUUUAGGAAAUAUGAGUUCAAAAUACGAUGUAUUUUCUGAUGCAGACGCUGAAAUAAUUUUAGAUGUAUAUGAAGAAAAAUUAAAGUACUCACAACUCUUAGAAGAGGAAGAACAGGAAGUAGAUAGAUAUGUGGGGUUAAAUCUAGAACGUGGUAAAACUGGUGUUUAUGAUAUAGAAGACUUGGUAGAAGUUUUAAAACGUGAACAAGCACAAAACAUUUUCGUUGUUAGUGUACCAAAAGAAAUAAACUAUGUAGAUUAUAUUUGUAUAGUUAAUGGUAAAUCUGUAAGGCAUAUGCAAGCCAUAGCACAGUUUAUUAAGAAAGUGUUUAAGCAAAAAAGAAGAGAAUCUGAUUUACUACCAAAGGUUGAAGGUGAAGAUUCAAGGGAUUGGCUGGCUUUGGAUUUAGGUAACAUAGCACUUCACAUUUUUUCUGAAAAAGCAAGAGCUCAUUACAAUUUGGAAUCCCUCUGGGCUCUUGGCCACGAAUUUGAUGACGAAUACAACAGACCAGAACCGGUUUCUGAUAUUUUAGAAAAACACUCAGUAUAUUUGAAAGAUCUACAACCUGCGUCGUAGCAAAGUUUAUGUAAAUAGUUCUUUAAUAAAUGUUAUUAAUUUUU